AAUUAGCGUUACAUUAACGGUCGUUAGCUAUCUUAUAUUGUAACAAACUUUGCAAAGAUGAAUACAUUUGUUCAACAUGCUCAACGGCACAUGUUUUAAACUACACGGUGAACGUAACCACUGUAAAGAUGAAGACAUCAUGCAGCUGACAGCGGGGAGGACAGGAUACCGGAGCCGUGCAUGAGCAUCACGGGGAGGUGACUAAGGUUGCAGACAUGAGCGGAAGAGUAGGAGACCUCAGUCCUAAACAGGCUGAAGCACUGGAGCAGUUUCGAGAGAGGAUACAAGACAUUCUUCCUCAACUUCCUGCACAGCAUGACCACUUCCUGUUACGCUGGCUCAGAGCCAGAAACUUCAAUGUGCAGAAGUCAGAGGCCAUGCUGCGAAAGCAUUUGGAGUUCAGGAAACAGAUGAAAGUAGACACAAUCAUCACUGAGUGGCGUCCACCAGAGGUGAUAGAGAAGUAUCUGUCAGGAGGGAUGUGUGGCUUCGACCGUGAGGGCAGCCCCAUCUGGUACGACGUGAUCGGACCGGUGGACCCCAAAGGCCUCUUCCUGUCGGCCUCCAAACAAGACUUCAUCAAGUCCAAGAUCAGAGACUGUGAGAUGCUGCAGAAGGAAUGUAACCUCCAAUCACAGAGGCUGGGGAGGAAUGUGGAGUCAAUCACUAUGAUCUACGAUGUUGAAGGUCUGGGUCUGAAACACUUAUGGAAGCCUGCUAUAGAAACAUAUGGAGAGAUCCUCCAGAUGUUUGAAGACAACUACCCAGAGGGUUUGAAGAGACUCUUUGUUAUUAAGGCCCCCAAACUCUUUCCUGUGGCUUACAACCUCGUCAAGCACUUCCUGAGCGAGAACACAAGACAAAAGAUCUACAUUCUUGGGGCUAACUGGCAGGAGGUUUUACUGAAGUACAUCGAUGCAGAGGAGCUGCCGGUGAUAUACGGGGGCAAACUGACGGAUCCUGAUGGAGAUCCUCGCUGUCGGACCAAGAUAAAUCACGUCGGCCCAGUUCCCUCCUCCUACUAUGUGCGGGACCACGUUAUGGUGGACUACGAGCAGUGCUUGACCGUCAGUCGAGGAUCCUCCCAACAGCUGGACUACGAGAUCUUGUUCCCGGGCUGCGUCCUCAGGUGGCAGUUUGCCAGUGAGGGGGCAGACAUCGGCUUUGGGGUGUUUGUGAAGACUAAAAAGGGUGAAUGGAAGAAGGCGGCUCAGAUGCAGGAAGUUGUGCCCAGCCAGCGCUACAACGCCCACUUAGUGCCUGAAGACGGAUCACUGACCUGCGAACGCCCCGGAGUCUAUGUGCUCAGAUUUGACAACACAUACAGCUUCUUUCAGGCCAAGAGAAUCAGCUUUACUGUUGAGGUGCUGCUCCCAGACCGCUUACAGCCCCCACAGACCAACGGAGGGUCCAGCAACCACAUGCAAGCUGAGGGCAACAGCCAGUCAUGAGCUUCCAUGUUGUCACAGUAAUGUUUAGCUGCGAGUAAGCACAGCCUGAGAUACUUGAUUUGACCGAGAAGCGCAACAUGCUGCCAAUACAUACAAAAAAAUAGUAUAUCUAAAUGUUUAAUGACCUAAUUUAUGUGGUGUCCAUUUAGAAACAUCUCCUCACAGAAUCACCACUGAAACACAUCUGUGAAACACACUGAUAUCCAAAACAUAGAUUCAUGUUUUACCUACCUUUGCCAGGAGACACAAGAAAUGAGAGACACUGGACACAGCUGGUCAGCUGGUAAUAAUCCUCCUACAGAGCAAAGGGAUGACAAGCAGGUUAGCCGACAGUACAUGAGCAAACUAAAUGCUGUCAGGGUUCGUUAUUAGUGAAUGGAUCCAUGUUGUUUGGAGGCUUAUUAACAAGUGAGCUGAUUAACUUCCCUGCUAAAUUCAAGUAGUGUUAUUCUCCAGGUAGACUGUCAUUGAAAAAGGCCACCAGCUGAAUCAUAUUGGUAUCACCAAAAAUAAACAUGGAGUGAAGUGUAAGACAAGCCACACCUACAGUAUAACAUGCAGCACAAGAAUUAAGGAGUUUUAGUUUUAGAUGUACAAAGGACAAAACAUUUGAACAUUUCCUCUGGUUUUUUUUUCUGUGUAUUUGAUGUUGGAUCUUUCAUGACAACAGAAGAGCAGUACAAUUUAUUUAGAUGGUAACAGAAUCCUAAGAAAACACACAGUAUCUGCAAUGAAAGGUCCCUGGGCAAAUACUGCGAGUAAAGGAAUUAGUGAAGAUGUUUGACUUUUACAGCCAAUAAGGUUUUGUCUUGUUAUGAACUUGUGUCGCCUGUGACAUCAUUGCCAUUUAUAUGUCAACAUCUACUAUACUAAUGUUUCUCCCUUCAUGUUGUAGCAGAAUUAUUGACAAUAGAUUGCCACACUGAACAUCAAGUCAUAAAGGAAUCGUAUGUAACGAGGUCACUGGCUCAUUGGUUGUUCCUCUGAUGAGCACAUGAAGGCAAAUAUUUAUUUUUCUUAAUUUAUUUCCAGAAAAUUGAUUAAAACAAUAUACAAACUAUUUGAAUAUUAAAGCUUAUGUGAGAUUUUUAUCAAGUUAUCACUGAUUGUUUAACUGAUUGUUUAAAAAAUAUGCAGUAUUCCUACAUUUUAUUCAUGUCAAGUAAUUUACAGUGGAUGUGAAUGAGAAUAUUGUAUGUUACUCUCACUAGACAGUAACUGAAUGUAAAUGGAUGAAUGUUUCUCAUUCAUAUAUAGAUUGUAAUUGUACUGAGAGCCCCCCCCAAACAACCUGUCAAAAUAGAAAUCAAAAAGAUCAAUGAUAUAAUAAAAUAAUUGCAUUUAAAGUGAAGUGAAGUGAAGUGAAGUGGCAGAUCUUCAGGUUCUAAACUUUGGCCAAUACACUGGAAGAGGCAAGUCGUGCUCACACUGUGUGGACUGUAUGAAAACUGUGUUGAUACUGAACUUUUCUCUUAUGAAGUUUUGCAACAACUGUAGAAAAUAAAAUCAAUAUUAGACAAACUUUAAAA